ACAUAUGUACGUUAUCAUAUUGAGUCAUAUAUGUGAUACACAACAAUACACAUAUACUAAAUGCAAAUGAAAUCAACCGAUGAUUCGAUGAACGUGUCAGUUUUUGUCUAAUUAAAGUUGGCUUGAUAGUUUGAUACUAACUCGCACGUUUUUUUUUUCUCUAAAUUUUAAUAAUACCUAUAUUGUAUUGAUUUUGAGAAAUUAGUUUAUAUUUUUUCAACAAGUGAAAAAAAGUGUUUAACACUGGAUCAUUUAUUUAUUUAAAUAAAAACUAAUGAUAAUUAAAAACAAAUUUUCUUUUAUUUAAUCAAGUUAGGACUACUUGUGUGCAUUUGACGAAAGAUUAAGAAAAAAUAUAUAAUCACGCACAUGCCUAAUUGAUAAAAAACAAAAAACAAAAUGGGAUUUGUGAAGUCAUUUAAAAGAUCAACAGUGGUCCAUUUGAUGUUUGCUACUUCAUUUUUUACAUCAGGAAUUAUUAUUAAUGUAUUUCAAAUAAUAUUGUAUUUGGGAGUUAAACCAUUUUCAAAAUAUUAUUAUCGUAAAAUUAAUUAUUAUUUGUGUUAUUCAUUUUAUUCACAAUUGGUAUUUCUGGGAGAAUGGUGGUCAGGAAGUACCAUUGAAAUUUGGAUUAAAGAAGGUGAUUAUGAAAAAUAUUUUGGCAAAGAGCAUGGAUUUUUAUUGAUGAAUCAUAGCUAUGAAAUUGACUGGCUUGCUGGUUGGAUAUUUUGUGACAGAAUACAAGUAUUAGGUAACUGCAAAACAUAUGCUAAAAAAUCAAUUCAAUAUAUUCCAACACUUGGAUGGGCAUGGAAAUUUGCAGAGAGUAUAUUUUUAGAAAGAAAUUGGGAUAAAGAUAAGGAUAUAAUUAGACGUCAAAUAAAAGAACUUGCAGAUCAUCCAGAUCCAAUUUGGUUAUUAUUGUUUGCUGAAGGUACACGUUUUACUCCAAAAAAACAUGAAGUAAGUGAAAAAUUUGCAAAAGAAAAAGGACUUCCAGCUCUUAAGCAUCAUUUGACACCAAGAACAAAAGGAUUUACUGAAAGUCUACCACAUUUGAGAGGUAAAAAUGCUGGAGUAUAUAAUAUACAAGUUGCAUUUGAUCCAAAUGCCACUGUUAAACCAACAAUAUCAAAUUUAUUAAAUGGUGAAAAAGUACGUGCUGUUUUUUAUAUGAAAAGAAUGUCUAUAUCAGAAGUACCAGAAGAUGAAGAAGGAGCUGCUGCAUGGUUGCACAAACAAUACGAAGAAAAAGAUAGAAUUGCUGAGAGUUUUAAUAAGACUGGAGAUUUUUUUGCAACAAGUGGAGUUGAAAGAACAAAAUUGUAUAAACCUAAAAGAAGAUAUUUUUCAUUUAUCAAUACUUUAUCUUGGGCAGUAGUUACUCUCAUACCAAUGUCGUAUUCCUUUACACAACUUGUGCUCUCUGGAUCGACAUUAUACGUAUCAAUUGCAAUAGGAGUUGCAUCAUUCUUUUAUGUGAUGAUGAGAAAAGUUAUUGCAAUGUCAGAAGUAAGCAAAACAUCUUCUUCAUAUGGUACAGGAAAAAAAACAGACUAGCGGAAUUACAAAAAAAAUAUAUUGAGUUAUCGACUCAAUUUAAUUUGGGGAGAUAAGCAAAUAAAAUUAAUUUGUCGAAUAUAUUUGUCUGAUAAAUUUUUUUAUAACUAUCAUUAGUCUCAAUUGUUUUUUUUUUUUUUCUCUACAAUUAGCAGUUUUGACAAUAGACUGAUUGUCUAAAUUAAAUUCAUGAAAUGUAUUUUUAAAUUAUUGAUUAGAGAAAAAAAAAAUUCCAUAUUAUUGACAUUAUUUAGUUUAUUUUUGAAUGAAUAUUAUAAUUUUUUUGUGACAUACUUCUUUGUUGAACAAAAUAAAAAAUCUCAUCGCUAUUUGUACAAUAUUCUUGUUGAAUAAAUAGUCAAGAAAUAAAGUACUUAAUUGUAAUAUAACAAAUAAAUAAAUACACUUGUUAUUUUUUAUUAUUAUGAGAAACAUUUUCUUUUUUUUUUUUUUUUUGUAAAUAGAUACUGAUGAUAUUUACUACACUAAAAGUAAAAAAAUAUAAUGUUUAUUUUGAUAAAAAUAAUUACUAAAUAAUGUUCACCAAAUGCAUAGAAUAUUAUUUUAUUUUUUCACCGUUUUAAAUUAUCAUUUAAACUCAAGUAAUUAUUUUUAUUUUUUAUCUUUUAUUAUUUUGCAAUGUAUAGAAUGUUUAUUGAUGUUUUUAUGUCAAUUUUAUAUAUUUAAAUUGAUUUUUUAUUAAUAUAAUAAUUAAGCAAUGAAAAAAAAUUAUAUUGUAAAUUUAUUUGCUUUAUAUUUUUAAAGAUGAUAGAUCAUAGUUAAUUUUUAAAUUCAAAUAAUUCAUUAUAAAUAUACUAGUUGGUUUUUUUUUUUUCUACUCACAUUGUUUAUCUUUAUUUUUCCAUGCCAUUGAGGGUAAUAGAUUGCAAGUUGAAUGCUCAAACACCGAUAAGAUAGUAUUUUUUUUUUACUUACCUAUUUUAAUUUUGCAAUUAUCCAAUUUUUUUUUUCAUACGAUUGUAAGUCAACACAACGUUUUUAAAAUUUUUACAUUCUACACUGAAUAAAAAAUAAUUAUUCUUUCUUUUUUUGUUACCUUGUUUUUGUUUUACAUUUUAAAUGGGAUUAUUUGAGGUAAUAAAAAGAUCAUCUU